AUGACGCCAAAGAAAAGUGUCUUUCUCGUGGGACUCGUUGGAGCUUUAGUUGCAGCUACUUGGGCACUGGGAGCUUUUUUCCUGCACAAUGGAAGAGUGUACGGACUCUCUUUAUUCGCGAAUAUUCUCUCAUUCCUCCUGCUUUUUGGGGCUCUCCCCCUCCUCCACAGAAAGUCCAAGUCCUCCAUCCCGUGCUUCAUCUUCUACAAGUCGAGACUGCAGAUAUUCCUCCUCGGGCUGAUGUUACAGUCCAUAUGGAUAGAGUACGAGAUACAGCCGAUAGCCCUUAUUGUUCUGUGCGGGACUGCUGUGAGAGUCCUUCUUAUGCUCCUAUACUCCGUUACGAAGAAGAACCUCCUGAAGGACUUCAGCACAGGCCAUAACUUGGAGGUUCUUCAGCUGGAGAAGUACCUUCUUUUUGCAACGGGAAAAGUCUCGGAGAUGGACCUUCACCAGGACCUGAGCAUAGACAAAUUCUACCGGAGAGGAAAGCCUGAGCCCCUUCCCGUCCUCGAUAUCUUCAAGAAGUGGCGGAGAGACGACGAAACUGAAGGAUGCGUCAUGGAAGAGUACGGAUACGGGCUCGGAGAGAGUCUGAGAAUCCCGAAUAGGCCUCGCCUGACUCCGGUCAUGGACGAGGUCGAAGGAUCCGUCUCCGUCGCGUCUCUUCUGCAGGUUUUGCCGGCUGCCCACGCGAAUUCCCUUUUCUCGCUUAUUUCCUACGGGGAGAGAAGCCGCAUACAGUUCUCCACGUUCAACGAGACAUUUAGGCAGAUAUCCCUGGAGAGGACAAAUCUGUACAUGGCCAUAAAGGACUGCAGGAGACUCCUCAGCCACUUCAACGGAUUCCUCUACAUCGUCGAGGGAAUUCUCCUCUUUAUCAUUGCCUCCAUAUGCAUGAACAUGAAAAAUAUGUUUUUGUACACUUUUUUUUCGUUUGUCCUUAUAAAUGCAGUGAUCCCUGGGAGUAUAAGCUUCUUUGAAAGCUUUAUUUUUCUGCUGAUUUCGCACCCGUACGAUACUGGGGAUAGAGUCUUCAUAAAGGGAGAGAAUAUGAUCGUGAAUAAAGUCGGGCUUUUUUCAACGUGUUUCACCACGUGGGCAGGAGUAUACACGAUAAUACAGAAUAGCGUAGUGAGUAAGUGCCCAAUUGUUAACGUGAGAAGGUCUAUAUCGCAGUACUGGACGAUUGACCUGCCUGUGAGCAUAGAGUGCAGUAACGAGUCGAUUCUGAAGCUGAAAAAGCGUCUGCAGUGGUACGUGCAGGAGGAGAAGAUGCUUUCCGGCCUGGUUUUUGCUCCUGUUUCCCUGAAGGAGGGAAAUGCCCUGCACAUUCGGCUUCUGGUCCGGAAGAACUCCAACUUCCAAAACGGCUUUUUUACGCUCACGAACUUCACGAAGUGCCUGGCGUGCAUUAUAAGGAUAGUCACGGAGGAGGGCCUGUACUACAAGCCUCCAGUCGCCCGGAAGAAGGUCACCGAGGAGUUUCUCGCCUCCAUGAUAAACGCGCAGAAAGACAUUGCUGCAGGCAUAAAAUAA